AUGUCUGCCGAGCAGGUUACUGAAUUUUGCCUUCUCGCGAUCGGAUUCUUUACAAUUUACAUUGAUCCUUGGGAAACCUGCUUACAGAGUCAUUCAGAAUCUGUUGCCAGCUGCUUACUUGAAAAAAAUAUACUCCCAAACAAAAGACAGUUAGAAGAGAUUGCCAAAAUAUUUGAUGGUAAACAAAAAUCUUCCAUCGUGAGAAAAUGCUGUAGCAAGAUCAGUGAAAACAUCAAGGGUCUUUCUGAAAAGAUCAACGGAGUUUGGCCAGCUUAUAGAUUUGGCGAAAACGGAAAAGAAAAUUUCGCUUUUGUCAUAUGUACUAACGAGGAUAUAGAUUUGAAUAAUAGACUGAAAUAUGAAUAUAAAAUACGCGUUAUAGGUAAAUGUAACAAUGAAGCCAGGGAUGUCACGUUUAGUACAGAAAACAUAAGCUAUAAGAUGAAUCCAGAUGAUACAAAGAAAAUAAAAAUGUUCAUAGCAAAAAACUCAAGGGACCUUUUGAAACGACAGAGUAUGCUCAGUGGAAUAUCAGCUAGCUCCGUCAAGUCAAAAAAAUAUAGUACAAACAAAUGGGAAAAAGUCCCCUGUCCAUGUCUGGUGUUUUAUGUUCACACAAAAAAUUACAUACCGCUCGACGAAGAUCCGUUUGAAAAAGAAUACGAUGGUAUACCGGUUGAUGUACGGGAGGGCGCAUUUACGAGGUUUGGACGGGAUGGCCAUUGUAGUACAAAAUAUCAACCAGAUGUAAAAAUUGCAUGCGAAAUAAGAGGAGCAAAUUCAUCUGGAACUCUCAGUGGAUUCCUUGAGUUGCCAGACUCAACAGAUAUAUUCGGAUUCACAUGUGCACAUGCAGUUUUAUCUACUGAUGUUUUAAGAAAAUACCUUUUGAAAAGUGGCAACAAAUCUUUUAACGUUCAGCCAGCAAAUGCUGAUGAAAAACUGGAAAGUAUGGUUUAUCAGCCAGUGAAUUCAGAAGAAGUACUAGGGAAUGUGGUAAAAGUAGCUUACCAAGAGGGUGGAAAGGGGACAAGCGGAAUGGAAAUUGCAAUUGUCAAACUUCAAAAGGCUAGAUAUCCGAUUUCCGGGAAGAUAAGUGAUUUUGAAAGUGAAACAAACGAACAUACAUUUGAAACUGGAAAGGUAGCCGAACGUGCCUCAAUACAGUAUGGAGAAGACGUCGUGAAAUUUGGUUCUACUUCGGGUAUAUCUCAAGGUAGGAUUGCAUUUGAUGAUGCUACUGUGCGUGGGCUAAGCUUUCCUUGGAAUAAAGAUGACUGUGUCAUACUUUACAACCAGCUAGAGGUCUGGUCCCUGAACUUACACGAAAGAUUUGCUGUUAAUGGAGAUUCUGGAGCACCUGUCUAUGUCUCAAGAAACGAUGAACUUAAUUGUGUUGGAAUAGUAGAGGGUGGAUAUGACAUUGGGAAUUGUGUGGUUACACCUGUUGAUGGAUUAUUAAGAGAACUGGCUAUUCGUUCUUUAAAAGAUUUCCGAGGUUAUCCUAGCAGAAAGGAAAAGUCUGAAACUACUAACAUAAAACAGGACGUGCUACCGAGGCACGUGAGAAAACGGAAAUGUAUUGGAAGAUUACACUAAACAGGAAGUGACUGCUCACUGUUACAUGUGAAGAAGUUCAAAAUGUAGUUCCACGUUGUUUAUGAAAUCUGGUAUAAUGAAUCAUAUGAGGAUGUGGUAGUUAUAUUUUUGGCUUAGUUUUAUUGCUUAUUGCAUUGAAAAAGGUCUAGACCAUUUUCAUUGUGAAUUUCUAGGAUUCUGUUUAUGUCUACAUACGCGUAAUUGCUAAACGGAAAUUUUCAUGGGAGCAUAUUCAGAGGGUGAUGUUUUCAGAACAGAUUAUUUUUCUUAUAUGAAACAUAAAUUUUUUUUAUAUUUUUUUUGGUAAGAACACAUCGAGGGCUCAACGCGAAACUAGUCUAUCUGCUUCUAUUUCUAUAUACACUUAGACUAGUUUUGCGUUGAGCCCUCGACACGUUAUACUGAAUGACUAUGUAUGGUUGUCCUGUCAUUGGAAUUCUCUAAUGUACUGAAAAUGAGGUCUAAAUAUUUCAUUGUUUAAUAUGAAAUAAAUAAGAAACUGAAUUGGUGCAGUGUAACCUAGAAGAUAAGCAGGAGUAAAAAUUAUAACUUUGAUGUAUAUGGGCUAGUUUGGUCAGAUAAUUAUAAAGAAAAGCAAUUUCAGUGCAAUUUUGAAUAGAAAGUGUUGAAAAUCUAAAAAUGUUUCAAUUUCACUGUUUAGUGUGUAUUUUUUUAACCUAGAAGUUGAACAGGGAUAAAAAUUGAAAGUUGUUUAGUUGAAAACAAAAAAACAACAACAGUGCAAUGUUGCAGAGAAAGUGUAGAAAAUCUAAAAAUUUUACUAUUUCACUGUUUAGCGUGUAUUGUUUUAACAAAAUGCAUAUUUACAGCCUGAAUAUUGCUAAAUUUUUAUAUUUCAGUGGUAAGAUUAUGUAUAUUUACAGCCAAAGUGUGUGAUUUAGGUGCAAAUUAGAGUAAAAAGUGAUAAAAUUUGGCAAAAUAAGCCACAACAAGGAAAAGUGGUCUAAGAUUAUGUCGAGACAAUUAUUUUGGAAAAAAUUUGGUGCGCUAGCAUACGUUUACUGAAGAAAAAAAAGAAACCGUAAAACCUUGAAAAUUGAUUUCAUCAAACUGAAACUGAUAUUUUUCAUGCAUUAGGUUACUGGUACAAUGUGUGCAAAAGCAACACUUCGAUAGUAUAGAAAGGUUUCCUUAAAGUAGUGAUUGCACAAAACAGGACAAUUCAUUAAUAUCACUAACUAAAUAUCAAGCAUUUGAAUAUUUAGAACCAGUUUUUAAAUAUUUUACAGAAAAAACUAAACCAUGUAUUUUUUGUUUCAUCAUGGGCCUUCUGUCUGUACAUGAUGCAUGGGUGCUUUGGAAUUUUUGUUGCCAUGGCAACACAACAUUUUUUGUAAAAUAUGGUAAAAGUUUAUUUGUCUUAGAUAAUUGAGUUUCUAGGUUCUGAAUGACCGUAAGAAAUACAAUGAUUUUCCAGUAAUUAAUACUAUUUAUUAUGCAAUCAUUUCGUCAAGUCACUAACUGGAACGGCCCAAAUACAUUUAGAUAUUUAGAUAUAUAUUUUGUCAAUGGUCAAACCUCAUUCUAACAUUAACGGUCGAUAUUGCAUUUCCAAAAGCAUUGCUUCAAUGUAAGUACAAGUAGAAAAAAAACAAGAAAAAAGCUAUUUCCACGAAGUUCAAAUGUAUGAACUGUCAAAUUAUGCCAAUAAUGAAAAUCACAUUCAUAUUUUCAUAUUUGCAAUGUAUACAUAUUGUAUUUUGUCGUUUUAGAGUGUAAAAUUGUGUCUGGAUAUCUUGUAAAUUAUGUAGCCAUUUAUAUUUCAAAAAUUAAGUUCGUCUUUAUUGUACACAUGCUAUUAGUUAUACUCGUUUUGUAUAAAUUUUCUGUAUAUGUCAUCUCACUUCAGCACGAACAGCUUCUGAUGAGCUCAAAGGUAGUUAGAUAUCCGUCGUCUGUUCGUCCAAGGCCAAACCUUUUCGUCUACCUUGGUUUGUUUACCCUCCAGUAUCCACCAAAUCAAACAAGAAGGUACAGACAAUAGGGCUUUUUCCUGUCUUGUUUGUAGGUAAACAAUCCAUCAAGGGAUUUUAAUAUUACUAGGCAUUGAACCCUAGCUUCAAGGUCAAGGCCACACUUGUAGGUCAAAUAUCAAUAGGGAUUUUUCCUGUCCUGUUCAAAACUUUGUCAUCCAUUGACAUAAAUUUGAAUAAAUGUUACCCAUAAUGAAACAAUGUGUCUUAGCUCAAACGUAAAUUUCAUGCUUUGAUGUCAAAUCUUUCUAGGUUUAUCUGUCCGGACAAAACUUCUUUCAUCCAUCAAUGGAUUUAAUUUUUACUUGACACAAAUAUCCUCCAUAAGGAAGGAAUCUUUCGUGCGAAACACUGAGAUCCCAAUUUCAGAGGUUAAGGUCAAUGUUACAGGUCAAAGUUCAGUUGGUGUUUUCCUGUCCUGUCCGUAACUCUGUCAUCCUUCAAGGGAUUCUUAUAUUUCUUGGUAUAAAUGUUUCCAAUAAUGAGCCAGAUUGUCAUGCGCAACACCCAGGCUCUAGCUCAAAGGUUAUACUUGGAGAUCAAAGGUCAAAGGAUUUUCUGUUCAGCCCAUAGCUCCGUCAUGCAUCAAGGAAUUUUAAAAUUACUUGGCACAAAUGCACAAAUGCCUCCCAUAAUGAGACAAUGUGUCGCACGCAACACUGAUAUCUCAAGCUCAGAGGUCCGAUCAAGGUCAAACAUGGAGAUAAAAAAUCAAAGUUUUUUUGUCCUGUUUAGUCCAUAGCUUCGCCAUCCAUCAAAAGAUUUUAACAUUACUUGGCACAAAUGUUCCAGAUAAGUGACAACUUGUCGCGUGCAAUAAUCAGAGUAAAAGUUUAACACCGUUUUUUCUUGUCUAGUACAAAACUCUAUUAUCAGUCAGGAGGUUUUAAUAUUACGUGGCACAAAUGUUCACUGAACGAGACAGUAUGGCAUACACAACACCAAGACCACUGACUCAAAGCUCAAGAUUACACUCGGGGGUCAAAGGGCAACAGAUUUUUUUCUUGUGCGGGUUAUACCUCAUCCGUCAAAAAGAUUUUACUAUACAUUGGCAAAAAAAUUCCCCAUGAUAAAUUAUUGUGUCAUUCACAACAUUCAGAUCCCUGGCUGAAAUGUCAAUGUCACACAUAGAGUUUUUUGCCUUUAAAUAUUUUGGUUAUUUUUCUUGUCCUGUCUACAGUUUUUUUCAACCUUGCAUAGAUAUUUAAAUAGUUUUGUAAUGAUAUUCAACAUAACAAGCUCAUGUGUCAUAUGGACCAAAUAAAAAAUCUUGGUCCAUUUUCUUCAUUUUUACUUUUCUGUAAUAUGAUGAAGUAUUUCAUUGCAUUUUCCUCUUAUUUUCUUACCAAGAAUGAAAUGUUAUUACAAUAUUUAUUGUAUUUAUAAAUGUUAUUAGCAAUCAUAAACUGUAGAUUUUGUAUAUGCACAUUUUAAUCCAAACAUUUUGUGUUUUUACAUAUUGUAUAUAUAAUAUGGUUAUUAUUAUAGUAGAUCCAUCUGGGAUGCUGUAUUCGGCUUAAGUCGAAUUCGUCAGAUCGUAUCUUACGAGGCACGCAAGCUCUGAGUGUCAGCCGUCCAUGCAAAAUCCACGAGGACCGAAUACAAAAUCCCAGCUCAAGCUACUGUUGUAAUGACCAUUUUAUUAUUCAAAUCCAUCUUUUUGUUUUUGUUUUGUUAUCGAACGAAUUCUUAAAAGUUUAUCAUAAGUAUUCAUAGAACUGUGUCAGCUUAUGCAUACUAAAUGACAGUAGUCCGGUGAUAUACAAUACAAAAGGUACAAUACGGAAUUUUUCUGCCUGUUCAUAUUUACCUGUGAAAUGCAAGCUGUGCUUUUUACAUAAUUUAUAUAGGUAUAUAGAAGAGCACUUUAUUGUAUAUACAUCAUUAACAGAUAUCACAUCAUAAAGAUAUGAUGCAGUUGAGAUUGUUACAGUAACCUUCCAGAAGAGGACUUCGUAUUGCACGACAAUAUUUUUUCAUUCACUUGUUUUUACUCACUCUCACAUUAUUUUAUUUGCAGCGUCAUAUACAAUCAAACUUCGUUUGUUCGAACUCGGAUAAUACGUGCACCACCCUUUGCUCGAACUCAUCGUCAGGUCCUGGCAAUGUCACUGUAAAACGUGUAAUGUCUGAUGGUUUGAACUACUGAUAACUCGAACACAUUUACCAAGUCAUGUUGAGUUCGAGCGAACGAAGUUUGAUAGUAUACAUUAAAUGCCGAACAGUUUGGACAUGAAUAUGUUGAAAACUUUCACCCUAACUGUGAAACUACAUUUCUUAACCAAAUUCAAAAAACACGCAAUUCAAAUGUCUUACGCAUUAUAUCAUUUAUCUAUCUAUUCUUUUUAUUGCUUGUAACGUCUAUUAAGUAUAUUCUUAUUUAUUUAUUUAUUUGGGUUUUACGGCGCACCAACACGGUAAAGGUUAUAUGGCGCCAAACAGGACUACAAAUUUUGGUUUCACAUCUCGUUUACAUCGAAAUAAAAACAUGAGGUAUGGAAUCAAAAUUUGCAUACCUGCUGGAAUCACAGAGUUACAGCAAAAUCAUGUUUUAAGACCCUAUUAGUCGCCUUUUACGAUCAUACAAGGGUAAGGCAGUGGUUCUAAUUCUUUUCAUACAUAGAUCGUCCCAGAAUCACAUGGGGCAAGUUUAUUCUUAGUUAGUAUAUUACCAAGAACCCUACUGAAAAUAAGCUAUCGGGCUUUCAGGGGCAAUCCAAUGUCAUUGAACACUGUCAUAUGCAUGUGUAUACAUACCGGAUUUUUUUAAACACCAAAAAUGUUUACACACUUCUACAGAUAUUUCAUGAUGGUAACCAAGUUACUGCCGAAACAAUAUUUUAAAAUAGCUUUCUGUGAAACCGAAUUUUUUACAUUUAAUUGAAAGAUUUUAUACGAUGCUACAUUGGUAUAAUUGAUCAACAUCCUCAAAUAACCUUUUGUUAAUUAAUUUA